AUGCCCUUCCAUCUCCUCCAAGGCCCGUCCCGCAUUGGCCUCCUCUCCUCGAUCCCCUCCAUGUCCAGGGCGCGGCCCGCCUCCAGCCUCAUCCGCGCCUCCCGCCCGGAGCUCAACCCAGUUCAAAGUUCGCAUCUUGCUUUUCCUUUAAAUUCAGUGCUGUACCUUGAUGCAUUUUCAGGUGUAAGAGAAGUGAAGCGUCAAUCCAGUCUUUCUUUUGACAACACCAAUUCUGAAAUGAACUCCGUCAAGAGGAAAAGGCUGAACCGGGUGCUUGAAGUGAAGGUGGAGCAUCCUGAUAAGCAGGCUGGUAUUGUUCCUGAUUUUAAAGAAUUUCGAUAUGACAAGAAUGAGGCAAAAGCAUCAACAUCUACAAAGAGAGUACUGACAUCAUCAAUCAGGUUGGAGAAAACGGUCAGAGUUUCAUCUGUUGUGAAAGUGGAAGUUGCCGCUCCAGAAAAUUGGGAAGUGGUUCUUGGAGGUAUUAAAAGCAUGAGGUUAUCAGGCGAAGCCCCUGUAGAUACAAUGGGCUGUGAAAAGGCUGGUUCUCUUCUUCCACCCAAGGAAAAAAGGUUUGCAGUUCUGAUAUCAACUAUGAUGUCAAGCCAAACAAAAGAUGAAGUUACACAUGCUGCUGUGGAGCGUUUCUCUGAGAAUGGUUUACUUGACCCUGAUGCUAUCGUCAAAACUGAUGUGGCCACAUUAGCGAAUCUUAUCAAACCUGUUGGAUUCUAUCAGAGGAAAGCCCAAUUCAUAAAAGAAGCUUCUAAAAUUUGCCUUGAGCGAUUUGGAGGGGAUAUUCCAGAUACUUUGACUGAUCUACUUGCUCUUAAAGGAGUUGGCCCUAAAAUGGCUCAUCUGGUGAUGAGCAUCGCAUGGAAGAAUACUCAAGGAAUCUGUGUGGACACUCAUGUGCAUCGCAUUUCUAACCGUCUUGGAUGGGUCUUCCGAGAAGGAACAAAGCAGAAAACUACAACACCGGAGCAAACAAGGAUGUCUCUUGAGAAGUGGUUACCGAAGGAGGAGUGGGAGCCUAUAAAUCCGCUACUGGUUGGAUUUGGCCAGACAAUCUGUACACCAUUGAGGCCCAAAUGUGAUGGCUGUGGCAUAAACACCAUUUGCCCAUCAGCUUUUAAGGAAUCAUCAAGUCCCAAUCCGAAGCAAAAGAAACGUGGUCCAGGUAGAACUUAAUCUGGGGUGCUCUCUGAACCUUUGUAGAUGCGUUAGUUACUGAUCUGUUUCGGAAGGUGUAAUUUCGUGGGUUCUUUUGGUCGUCCUAUUGUUUGGUAGUAUCCUUUUGCCAGUGCCAUUGGAGAACAUGUAUGAUCAUUUUGUACAGAAGCAAGAUAUCCAGGACAAUGUGUAGGGAUGUAUUGACCCUGUAAAAGUUGCAGCAUGGUUUGCGGCAACUGAAAAUACAAUGGAAAAAAUCGAUUGCCAAA